UGCAGUAGUCUCACUUCUUCUCACUGGCCGCUAGCUAGCAGCCUGCUAUACCUGCAGGACAGGGCAGCUAAGCUAGUGCCAUAACUUCUCUCCUGCACAUAAUCACGCACAAAAAAAAGUUUCUAGCCAUUUCAUUUCCUUGUGUGAAGCAAAUUGUACUAAUUACAAGAGCAAGGAAUUGAACGAUGGAGAGCAGCAUGGACGCGGCAAGGAUCAUGGAGUACUUGAAGGGGAAGAGCAUCCUCAUCACCGGCUCGACAGGCUUUCUUGGAAAGAUUCUUGUGGAGAAGAUCCUGCGGGUGCAGCCUCGUGUCCACAAGAUGUACCUCCUCGUACGAGCCGUCGACGCGCCGUCCGCAAAGCAGCGCGUCCAGCAAGAGGUGAUCGGCACGGAGCUGUUCGGCCUCCUGAGAGACAAGUAUUGCGAGGGGUUCGACUUGUUCAUCCAAGACAAGAUCGUUGCUUUGGCCGGAGACAUCGCCGACGAGGACCUGGGCCUGGACGCACCCACACUGCACGGCCUGGCCAAGCACAUGGACGUCAUCGUCAACGUCGCUGCAACCACAAACUUCUACGAAAGAUAUGACGUGUCCUUGGACGUGAACGUGAUGGGGGUGAAGCACCUGUGCCAGUUCGCCAAGCGGUGCGCCAACCUCAAGCUGCUCAUGCAUGUCUCCACAGCUUACGUGUCCGGCGACAGCGCGGAGGUGAUCCUGGAGAACCCCAUGAAGCCCGGCGAGUCGCUGCGGGACGGCGUGCGCCUCGACAUCGACGCCGAGCUGCGCCUCGUCAGCGACGCCAAGAAGGACCUGCCGACGACGGCGAGCGGCGACGACGGGAACGCGACGGAGAGGAAGGCCAUGAAGGAGCUGGGCCUGCAGCGGGCCCGCCACUUCGGCUGGUCCAACACCUACGUGUUCACCAAGGCCAUGGGCGAGAUGGUCCUGGAGCAGCACCGCGGCGACGGCGACCUGCCGGCGGCGGCGGUGGUGAUCGUGCGGCCCAGCAUCAUCACCAGCGUGCGGGCCGACCCGCUGCCGGGGUGGAUGCAGGGCACCCGCACCAUCGACACGCUCAUCAUCGGCUACGCCAAGCAGAGCAUCUCCUGCUUCCUCGCCGACCUCCGCAUGGUCAUGGACGUCAUCCCGGGGGACAUGGUCGUCAACGCCAUGCUCGCGGCGGCGGCGGCGGCGCGCUCGGAGGAGCAGCCGCCGCAGGCCGUCAGCAUAUACCAGGUCACCUCGUCGCUGCGCAACCCGGCGACCUACGCCGUGCUCUACCGCGCCGGCAGCCGGCACUUCGACGAGCACCCGCGCGUGCGGGACAACGGCGAGGUCAUCCCCAACACGGAGAUGCGCUUCUUCCCCACCAUCCCGGAGUUCCGGCUCUACAUGGUGCUCACCUUCAAGCUGCCGCUGGAGAUCCUGCACCUGGUCAACAUGCUGCUCUGCGGCCUCUUCUCCAAGCUCUACAACGACUCCAACCGCAAGUACAAUUUCGUGAUGCUUCUCGUCGACGUCUAUGGACCCUUCGCCUUCUUCAAAGGAUGCUUUGACGACACUAACGUGGAGAGACUGAGGUCGACAAUGGUGAUGAAGAGCCCUGAAGAUGACAUGUUCAACUUUGAUCCAAAGAGCAUUGACUGGGACGAUUACUUUUACAGAAUUCACAUUCCUGGUGUUCUCAAGUACGUCUGCAAGUGAUCAAGACUCCUUUUCUGGCUUCUGCACCUUGUUCAUACACAUAUAUGGAGAAAAGAAAGAAAGAAACUCUGUUAUCAAUCAAUCACACCGAUUAUUUGUUUUA